AUGCGAGAAAGUAACUUCGAUAAACACAUUAAAGUUACUGAUGUGAUUGAGAAGGUACUUGACAAGUUCAAUUCCAUAAGGCAAAGGAUUGUGGCCUUGGAUCUUCCUAAUUUGCAACUUCAAGGACAAAUUUCCCCAUCUUUGGCCAAUUUGUCCUUUCUCAGAGAGCUGAAUCUUGGGAACAACAGAUUUCACGGUGGCAUCCCUUGUGGACUCGGCCACUUGCCUCACUUGCAAGUGAUUGAUAUUCAAAACAACCAGCUUAACGGAAGUAUACCAACAAGUUUAUUUCAACACCGGAGAGUUCAGAAGAUUUCAUUGGCUUUCAACAAACUCGGUGGUGAAAUUUGGAAAGGUCCAUGGUAUGUACCCGAACUCAAAGUCUUUGAUCUCACGAACAAUAGCCUCACAGGUAUGAUCCCUCCUUCUGUUGGAAAUGCAACAAAGUUGCUGAACUUCAGUUUGCAUGGGAAUAGAGUCUGCGGCAACAUUCCAAAGGAAAUUGGUAAUCUCAGCCAAUUUGCAUCCUUGUCCUUGGCCGAUAAUCAAUUAACAGGUUCCAUUCCCGCAUUUUUAAGUCUAUCUAACAACCAAAUUUCUGGUUGCAUUCCUUCCAACAUAUGCCAACUCACAGAGCUCGAAGUUUUGUCCAUAUCUUACAACAACAUAACUGGAGAAAUACCCAGAAAUAUUGAUUAUUUAUCCAAGCUCAAAAAGUUCUUAAUUGGUGAUAAUCCUACAAAAGGGACUAUUCCCACAUCAUUGGGAAAUAUUUCCACUCUGCAAUAUCUUUAUUGCAAAAACAAUCACAUGGUGGGGCAAAUUCCUCCGGAAUUAGGGAAGCUAUCAAAUUUGAGGGAAUUAGGCUUUGACAAUAAUUCUAAUCUAAUUGGUGAAAUUCCAGAGGCUAUUUUCAACAUAUCUUCUUUGGAAGUGAUUGGUUUCAAUUUCAAUAACCUCUCGGGGAGAAUUCCAACCACUACAGGUCUUCAUCUUCCAAACAUUAAGGAUCUUCACUUGGGAGUCAACCAGAUCAAAGGGGCAAUUCCAUUGUUCAUAACAAAUGCUUCCAAGCUUGAGAUACUGGAGCUAAAUAAUAACUUUCUCACAGGAACUAUUCCUAAUAAUUUGGGAAAUCUUCAUGAGCUGCAAAUACUGCUCCUACAUACUAAUCAACUUGCCAAUGAACCAAGACAGCACACACACAUCAAUGGCCUCAUCCCCACAAGUAUAGGCAACAUGAGCGGUCUUACAACCCUAAUCAUUGAAGGAAACAACUUGACAGGGUGUAUUCCUCCUGAGAUUGGUAGCUUAAACAACUCCAGGGGCUGUAAUGAGCUCUCUGGAUUAAUUCCAGAAUGCUUAGGAAAUCUUAGCAUGCUACAAUAUCUUUAUUUGAGUUCUAAUAAAUUUUCAUCAAAAUUUCCAUCAAACCUUUGGAAAAUGAGUGGUCUUCUCUUUCUAAACGUGUCACAAAAUUCUUUAGAGGGAGAAGUUCCAUCAGAUAUUGGAGAACUUAAAGUCAUUAUAGCGCUAGAUCUUUCCAGUAAUCACUUUUCAGGAAUGUUACCAAGCAGAUUGGGAGAACUCCUAAACCUGCAGUCUCUUGACCUAUCCAACAAUUCAUUUUUUGGACAAAUUCCAUUAUCCCUUGCCAACUUGAUAAUCUUGGAAUUCUUGAAUUUGUCUUUAAAUGCAUUGUCAGGUACUAUUCCGAAGUCUUUGGAAAAACUCUCAUACCUUAAAAGCAUUAAUGUUUCAUUUAAUGAUUUAGAAGGUGUAAUACCGAGUGGUGGUGUGUUUGCAAAUUCCACUCUGCAAUCAUUUCUUGGGAACAAAGGUCUAUGUGGAGUCCACAUAUUGGAGAUUCCUGCUUGUGCUAUCACUUAUCCUUGA